AUGUUGCUCAAAAAGACAACCGAGGAAGCUCAUCCGCUUGAUCCUCUAUCCCCCUCUGAAAUAUCAUCUGUAGCAAAAGUCCUCCGCGCAACAUUCCCCAGCAACAAAGUCAUCUUCCGGGUCAUAACACUAGCCGAGCCCCCCAAAGCGCUCUUGGUCCCCUACCUCUCUGCAGAGCGCGCCAACCUCCCCCGGCCAGUCGUCCCGCGAAAGGCGUUCUGCCAAUACUACCUCGACGACCGCCAGCAGUUCCACCAGCUCGAGAUCGAUAUCGCUACCAAGGAGCUUUCGGCCCGGGAAGCACUGCCGGGGAAACACUCGUACACAGAUGCGGAAGAGGGCGUUAGAGCCGAAGCGGCGUGUCUUGCGGAUUUGAAGGUGCAGGAUGCGAUCAAACAGCUCGAUCUGCCUGAAAAUGCCGUUAUUGUGGUGGAGCCGUGGACGUAUGCACCGGAUGGGCUGGAGGACAUGUCGCAGCGCAUCAUCAUGUGCUACAUCCAUAUGCGCUUGUCCAGUCAUAAGGAUGCAAACCAUUUCGCGUAUCCUCUGGACAUAUGCGCGCAGAUGAAUAGCGACUACAAGGUUACCAAGGUAUUCGCUCUCCCCGGGGCAGAGAGCGGCCGGAUGGUGGAAUGGGAUGGCACGGGGAAGAAGUUUGACCGCAGGAAAAUCCACGCUGGGAGCGAAUAUCAUCCGGACUUGCAGACGGAGCGACGAGAAACAACGACGCCGUAUCAGGUGGUACAGCCAGACGGACCUUCCUUUGAUAUUGAAGGAAAUCUGAUACGUUGGGAGAAAUGGAGAUUGAGAGUCGGAUUCAACUAUCGCGAGGGUCUUACUAUCCACGAUGUUUCGUAUGAUGGGAGGGAGGUAUUUUACAGGCUCUCUCUCUCCGAGAUGUUUGUCCCCUAUGGUGAUAGUAGAAGUCCAUAUCCCCGCAAAGCUGCCUUCGACCUAGGUAACAACGGAGCGGGAGUCAACGCCAACAACUUGCAGCUAGGAUGUGAUUGUCUUGGAAGCAUCAAGUAUUUCGACGCCUACCACAAUACGCUGUCGGGCGAACCGUUAAAACUGUCAAACGUAGUCUGCUGCCACGAGCAAGACGACGGUAUCCUAUGGAAACAUACCAAUUUCCGAACCAACAACGCGGUUGUAACUCGAUCUCGAAUCCUCGUCCUCCAAACCGUCAUAACGGUCAACAACUACGAGUACAUAUUCGCCUUCCACUUCAACCAAGCCGCCGAGAUCAGCUACGAAGUCCGCGCCACUGGAAUCAUGAGCACAAACCCCAUACCCAUCUACGCCCACGUGCAAUCCGGCACAGUCGUUGCCCCUGGCGUCCUCGCACCAUUCCACCAGCAUCUCUUCAGCCUCCGCAUCGACCCGUCCAUCGACGGCCACAAAAAUUCCCUACUAGUCGAAGAAUCCCACGCGCUGCCCUUCCGCGACCCCACCGUCCACAACCCCGCGGGCAUCGGCUACACAACGACGAAACGCAUCAUCGAGCACGAGACGGCGCUCGACACGGACGUCUCCACGGCGCGCACCUUCAAGCUCAUCAACGAGAAUAUCCUCAACGCCAUGAGCGGCACGCCCAUCGGCUACAAGCUCGUGCCGCACUACUCGCAGAUGCUGCUCGCGCACGCGGACUCGCUG